GAGAAAUAAAGAGAGAGACAGACAAAUAAAGUUAAGGCAAGGAAGGAAGUCAGAUUACAGCACUCUAUAAACAUCUUACAGUACUGACUAGGACAUCUUACCAGUGAACAAGAGCCUUGUGAAGACAGAGAGGAGGAUAUAACACGUCUUUGUACUCUUUCCUUUUAACAAGAAGAAUGAAAUCUCAAAUAAGGACAACGUUUUCAGACUUUUUCUUUGAAUACGAAACUCCUAGACAGGUUCUGGUCAGGAACAAAAGAGUUGCAGUUGUGUGCCGAAUCAUCCAAAUGGGUGUUCUAGCUUACAUCAUCGGGUGGGUGUUCAUGUAUGAGAAAGGCUACCAGUCAGUAGAUACUGCCAUAGGCUCCGUCUUCACCAAAAUGAAGGGAGUGGCAUUUACAAAUAUCAGCAAAAAGGAGCGGAUAUGGGAUGUAGCUGAUUAUGUUUUUCCUGAACAGGGUGACUCGUCUUUUGUUGUGAUGACGAACUACAUUGCCACUGUGGGACAGAAACAGGACAAAUGUCCUGAGCUGCCAGAUGGGAAGAACACAUGCAAUUCUGACGCAGAAUGUGAUGAAGGCAAAUACAAACGUAUGGGAAAUGGGCACAUGACGGGCAAGUGUAUAAACAAUACUUGUGAGAUCUACUCCUGGUGUCCAGUCGAAGACGACCGUAAAAUACCAGACCCUCCAAUCCUGCUGACAGCAGAAAACUACACACUGUUCAUCAAAAACUCCAUUACCUUUCCCCAGUUUAAUGUAGUAAGAAGUAACUUGGUGGAGAGUGUGAAUCAGAGUUACAUCAACAAGUGUUUGUAUCAUCCCAAGACUGAUCCACUGUGUCCCAUCUUCAGACUGGGAGACAUUGUUGAGCGUUCUGGGUUCAGUUUCUCAGAGAUCGCUCGUGUGGGUGGUGCUAUAGGAGUCCUCAUCGACUGGGACUGCAAUCUGGACCUGAAUAUAAGACAAUGCAAACCAAACUAUGAAUUCUAUGGUCUUUAUGGAACGGGGAAAAAUGGGGACAAAGAAGAGAAACCAUCAUUGGGAUACAAUUUUAGAUAUGCUAAAUAUUAUGUGGAGAAUGGGGAGGAAAGGAGAACGCUAAUGAAGGUGUUUGGUGUACGCAUAGACAUCAUUGUCCAUGGACAGGCAGGAAAAUUUGAUAUCAUCCCUACGCUGACGGCCAUAGGCUCAGGAGUGGGAAUCUUUGGAGUGGCAACCGUUGUGUGCGAUAUGCUGCUCCUAUAUUUAGUUCCAAAGAGAGAUUUCUACAAAAACAUGAAAUUCAAGAAUACAGAAAUCUUGGAAGAGAAGCCAGCCUUGCCCCAGUCAAAGACAGAAAGAGAUCUAUCGAAGGAGUGAAGUCAGGAUGGCUGUCAUGAUGAUUGACUACUGCACUGGAGAGAGAGAGAGAGAGAGAGAGAGAGAGAGAGAGAGAGAGAGAGAGGGGAGAAAAACACUGGAGCUUCAACAAGACGACUGGGAGACUUGACACAGAACUGUCAGGCAUCACUUUUCCUUUCUAAAUAACACAUCCUUCCCAAACUACAAAAGAAAGACAUUAAUUCACUGUUACAAUUUAAGACAUAACUGAUAUCCACUGAAUGUGAUAAUAUCGAGAGGCUCAGGACUGUAAAGGUACACAAUUGUGUGAGGGUUUUGAGGUGUUUACAAGGUUCCCAAAGUUCUUGGCAUUUGCCAUGUCUGGAUAUGUCACCCAUAUUUAACUUUGGAUAAUGUAUCACCUUAAAAUUGAAAUUGUUAUUUUCUAAUAUGCAUUUUGUAAAGGUAUUGUUGUUGUUGUUUUUGUAGCAAGUAAACUGUGAGCCUACAAUUUUUGUGAGAAAUACAUUUUAGACGGUUAGUCCACCAUAGGGGGUUGAAGCUAACCAGCUCUGAAAGGCAGAAUGGUGAGGGAUUUAGGCUUCUUGUUUUAACUCAUUCACCAAACUCGGAGGUCUGUUAUUUUAUUAUUAUUACACAGCCUUCUGCACUACUUGAUUCUAAUGCAGCAUUCAGUGAUCAAAUAUUUCAGAAAUAGUGACAUAUUCCGACCACUUAGCCAGGAAACUAUUGUGUUCGGUCCCCAAAAUUAUUACUCAAAUCAAUAUUCCAUGCCCAUAUAUUUCAUUCUUGCGUGUCAUACAGUCUUUCUUUAUAACAAAUAACAAAAUAGUUUUCCAUAGAACAAAAUAGUUUGGUCACACUCUAGUUAGGGGUCCAAUUCUCACUAUUAACUUCGACUUUUCCCUCAUAAACUUGCUGCUUAUUAUUAAUUAGUAAGGUAGUUGUUAAGCUUAGGCAUUGGCUUAGGCAUUGGGUGAAUUAAGGGAUCUAAAAUAUGGUUAUGCAGAAUAAGGCAUUUAUAUGUGCUUUACAAUUAAUAAUAAGCAACAAAUAUGCUAGCAACAUGCACACUAAUAAGCAAGAAGUUGACAGUGAGAAUUUGUCUGUUUUGUAUUUGUUGGAAUUGACCUAAAUUUGAGUUUUUAAUUUACUUUUUUUCUGUUUUAAUCUUGAACAAUUUUAAAAUCAGACAGCACCAUGAAGGAUUGUUUGGUUUUAUUGUGUACAAAAAUACUAUUUUCCUAUACUAUAGCUACUGUUACACAUUUUAUUAGUAGGUACAUUUCAAUGAUUUUUUUAUCACGUGCAAUUGACAAUAAUAAUAAAAUCCUAUGUGACAAAACAAAGGAGGAACCCGAGUCACCUGUGAUAUCUUUAUUGUUUUUGAUUAUGUCUGGGUACAAAAAGCAUGCAAAAAAUAGCAUCUUUAUAUGCUUUGGUACAUAUUUACAUAGUUA